UUCUGUUUCAUUUAUUAAUAGGCAAAGACCUACACUGGUAUGCCAAGGACAAGAAAUCCCAGGAGGCAGAUAUGGAAGCUGCAAAAGCCGAGAUACAAAGGAUCAAAGAAGAAGAAGAACAGGCAAUGCGCGAGGCUCUUGGUUUAGCUCCUAAGCGCAGUAAUCGACCUCAGGGUAACCGAUUAGACAAGCAUGAAUUCUCCGAGCUCGUGAAGAGAGGGUCUACUGCAGAAGAUUUGGGUGCUGGUCAUGCUGAAGCAGCUCAGGUUCAAGGUCUUGGCUUUGCAAGACCUCCCAAAGGCACUUUUGAAGAAUCAAGCUCUCUUCCACACAGCCAAAAAGCGGUUCCCACUGAAGUGGUGAAUGAAACAACGCAAAAACCACCUGUCCAAGAAAGUGAAGAUGAAGAUGAAAGCCGAAAGAAAAGGAAACGAGAAGAGAAGAGACAAGAAAAGCACGAGAGGAGACAUGAAAGACACGAGAAAAGACAUGAUAAACAUGAGAAAAGACACGAUAAACAUGAGAAGCGAAGGUCACGUGAUUCCGAUGACAAAAAGAGUUACAGAGGAGACAAGGAAAAGAGGAGGAGGCAUGAUUCUGACUGAUAAGAAAUUGUACCAAUCUCCUCCACCCAGUUCACCACUGUAUUGUUGUUCAUGUCAUUGUCGUCUUCUUUAAGAAUCUUUCAAUUGUUACCCUGAACUAAAUUUUCGAAUCUGUUCCUGUACUCCUCAGUUUAGGUCUUGUUUAACAUCCAAAUUGGGGAAUCUGACGCCAUGUUCUGGUUCACAACUUGCUCUGUAAGAAAAAGAACAACUUGUUGGAACAACGCAGUAUCUAAUGAUAAAGCAAAACAAAGUUCAUUGACUGAUCAAAAAA